UGUUUCUUUUUCUGUUUCUGGAUCAUUAUAGAAAAAAUCCAAGAUGACUUCUUCUCGCAAAAUGCAUCUGAAGAGUUUACUGCUCUCUCUUGCUAAAGCUGCACUUGAGAAGGAAGAAGCAGAUCGGAUAGCAGAGAAGGAGAGGUAUAUGGAAGAACAUUGUGGACAUCUGCAGACCGGUGGGCUUUCAAUGACCGAGUUACAGGAAUUGUGCAAGAAACUUCAUGCAAAGAUAGAUGUUGUUGAUGAGGAGAGAUAUGACAUAGAAUCUAGAGUUAAUAAGAGCACCAAAGAGAUUGAUGAUCUGAACUUGAAAGUCUUUGACCUGAAAGGCAAAUUCAAGAGGCCACCACUCAAGAGAGUCCGUAUGUCUGCUGAUGCCAUGUUACGUGCUCUGCUGGGCUCCAAACACAAGGUGUCCAUGGACUUGAGAGCUAACCUGAAACAGGUGAAGAAGGAGGACACUGAGAAGGAGAAGGAUCUGCGUGAUGUUGGAGACUGGCGUAAAAACAUUGAAGAGAAGGCUGGAAUGGAAGGCAGAAAGAAGAUGUUUGAGGGCGCUGAAUAAAAUUGUCACCAUGUAACCAAAUACUGUAUUGCAUUUAGUGUUUGUAAUAAAAUAUAUGUAGGUCAA